GUUUCUUGAAAGACGUGUAGUGAUCGCACAGCCCGGAAUUCGGAAUCAUGCCCGACGAACCUGGAACAGCCCCGCCGAGCACGAACCACCAGGUUUCAGCGGACUGCGCUGCGAAAAGAAACGUGGCUGGUUCAGAUGUGGUCUUGCUCAUGGGGCAGUCGAACAUGAGCGGCUGGGGCGAAGGCUACGACGCAGAUAUCGACGGCCCAGACGACCCUCGCAUCCAGCAGUGGUCGCGGGCCAACACGGUCAUCACGGCGUCGGAGCGCCUCCAGCACGCUGACUUCGAUAGAAUCGACCAAACAAGGGUGGGCAUGGGCACCGCCUUCGGACGCGCCUACGUCAAAACCCUGCCGGCGAACCGCAACGUUCUGCUCGUGCCCACCGCAUUCGGUGCCACUAGGCUGGUGAACGGUCCCUGGUCUCCGGGCGGGAACUUGUUCGAAGAUGCCGUGACGCGUAUGGAAGCCGCGCUCGCAAGCAAUGGGGCGGUCGGGAACUGCGUCGCGGCCGUCUUAUGGCACCAGGGAGAAGGAGAUGCAGCCGGAAGGAUCGACCAAGAGACAUACCAAUCCACCUGGACGGACAUGAUCAACACGCUGAGGUCUCGCAUCCCGGCGGCGGCUGAAGCCCCGGUGAUCUUGGGCGAGUUCACGCCUCACAUGCUUGCAAGAAACCGAGCGCUUUCGGAGCCAAUCAUCGCGGCGAUUCGAGCCAUCCCUGACAGCGUUCCGUUCACGGCAGUAGCGCCCUCUGACGGUCUGUCAUCCAACUUCGGUGAUCCCGUACACUUCGACGCGGCGGCUCAGCGCGAGUACGGGCAGCGAUACUUCGACAAGCUUGGCGACGCCGUCAGAAACUGCCGAUGA